AAAAUGGAAGCAGCCAUGGAGAGCGCUGGUCUCCGCAGUCUCUGCGAGAGAGAGAUCGAGAGGAAAGAAGAAGAAGAAGAGGCAUUGCGGGCACUUACUGGAGAAAUGUUGCUGAUGACGAAGGCGAAGCAGCAGCCGUUGGUCAGCUCCCUCCGGGGAGCAGCUCGCCAAGUUUGGACUCUAAAGCACGUGGGGCGACUCGUCCGCGCGGCCUCCAAGGCCAAGUCCUUCAUCGAGCACCUCCUCCUGGUUAGCCACCUGCGGAAGAAGAGGCGGCGACAGCAGCAGGAGGCGGAGGCGUUGGCGCGGAUGGCUCUCUACUCACGCGCCUACUGGCCCUCCGCUCACGUGAUGCCCAUCACCGUCGUGGACGGAGGCUUCCAGAAGGCCGACGACGCUCUCUUCUACUACGACUCCAGCUGGAACUCCGUCUUCCCUCCGACCGACGACUUCGAAGCCGAGGAGGACGAGCCCGACGCUCCGGCCGCCGGGUGCAAAGCAGCGGCGGCAGGUAAGCCAGCAGCCGGAAACACGGAGGCAGUGGAAGAGAUCGACCGAAUGGCCGACGUGUUUAUCGCAAGCUUCCACGAGCGAUUCCGGCUCGAGAAGCAGGAGUCUUACAGGAGGUUUCAGGAGAUGCUCGCCAGGGGCGUCUAGGUAGAUAGUGUGAAUUUGCAAGGGUAUUUUUGUCUUAUUCUUCUUUUUCCUUCUUUUAAAUCUUUUUCUUCUUUUCCUGUUCCCUCCAUUUGCCAACAGGAAAAGCUGUUUCCUGCUGCACUUUUCUUUUUUCCUUUUUCUUUUUGUAAUCUGGUGGUCGGUUUUAGCCUCUGUUUGUUGAUAAAAUGACGGGGCGAUGCCCCUCUUCGUGUA